AUGAGGAUCCCUGUGCUCUUGGCCGCCCUGGUGGCCGUGGCCACCUGCACUGAGACCUUUGUUGGGCACCAGGUGCUGCGCGUGGUCCCCACCAGCCCCGAGGAUUUGGGGUUGGAGUUGGAUUUGAGGCUGGAUUUCUGGCUGGCCCCCCGUGGCCUCGGUUCUCCCGUGGAUAUCCGGGUGCCCUUCCCGAGCCUGCAGCCCGUCAAAGCUCACCUGGAGGCCGCCGGGGUGUCCUACUCCAUCAUGAUCGAGGAUGUGCAGGAACUGCUGGAUGAGGAGCGGAGGGAGAUGAUGCGGAGCAGCCGCCAGCUGCCGCUCUCCACCAGCACCUUCAACUACGAGGCCUAUCACACCCUGGACGAGAUUUACGCCUUCAUGGACCUGCUGGUGGCCGAGAACCCCAACCUGGUGAGCAAACUGGAGAUCGGCCGCUCCACCGAGGACCGGCCCCUCUACGUGCUCAAGUUCAGCACAGGGGGCUCGAACCGCCCGGCCGUGUGGAUCGACACCGGGAUCCACUCCCGCGAGUGGGUGACUCAGGCCAGCGGGGUCUGGUUUGCCAAGAAGAUCGUCGACGACCACGCCAAUAACGAAGGGGUGGCCUCCAUCCUGGACACCAUGGACAUCUUCCUGGAGAUCGUCACCAACCCCGAUGGCUUUGCCUACACCCACAGCACGAACCGCAUGUGGCGCAAGACCAGGUCCAAGUACCCGGGUAACAUCUGCGUCGGCGUCGACCCCAACCGCAACUGGGAUGCGGGAUUUGGAGGGGCUGGGUCCAGCGGGAGCUCCUGCACUGAGACCUACCAUGGCCCCUACCCCAACUCGGAGCCUGAGGUCAAAUCCAUCGUGGACUUUGUGACGGGCCACGGGAACAUCAAGGCCUUCGUGUCCAUCCACAGCUAUUCCCAGCUCCUGCUCUAUCCCUACGGAUACACCACCACCCCGGCUGCGGAUGAGCAGGAGCUGAACGAGCUCUCCGCCAAGGCCGUGGCCGCUCUGUCCUCCCUGUAUGGCACCAGCUACACGUACGGGAGCAUCAUCACCACCAUCUACAAAGCGAGCGGAUCAACCGUCGACUGGACCUACAACCAGGGCAUCAAAUAUUCCUUCACCUUCGAGCUGCGGGACACGGGGCGUUAUGGAUUCCUGCUUCCCGCCAACCAGAUCGUUCCGACGGCCGAGGAGACCUGGCUGGCCCUCAAGGUCAUCAUGGAGCACGCCCGGGACAACAUUUACUGAGCGGGAUCGGCAGCUGGAGAGGGGGGAAGAACCCGAUAAA